AUGUCUAUCGCAUUCAAAACUCCUUCAGCAGACGUAGAUCUGCCAGAGCAUCCGCAGCCUCACAACCAGCACUUGACGUUUAACAUAAACGACCCGGAGGAACGCCUUUCAUCGUUUCGGAUCAGGGUUCACGAUAACGAAGCUCAGCUAAGCAUGACAUUCAAAUCCCCAGUGCCGGACUAUUUCAACCAGGGAUCUCAUGAGUCAGCUGCAAACGAGGCUCGAGAGCGCGAAAUCGAAGGAUGCACUUGGAGAGGCAACACGGUGGAUAUAGCUUGGCUUGUAACCCUUGCCUUCGUCGGGAUUUGCAGCAUUCUCAUGCUUCUGGUCACCAUUAUUGUAAUGAGGUCGUUUAUUACCAUAUCCCUUCUUUUAGGCUCCUUAGGAUCGUCCUCACCUAUUGAAUCCAGAUCCGCCUCACAGCUUGAUAUCGAAGCACCAGAACAGACACGCAUUGGCUACUUCGAUGGAGAUACCUUCUACUCCCCACCCUUUGCUCCUCCUCGUGUAGAAAGCAACUACGAGAUAUAUGAAGAUGGUGAUGAGCCUGUAUCUGAUACAGCCAUCCCAGACUGGUUCACAACCCAUCUACUAGCACGGCGUUUGCUCGCUAUCUCCUCUACGGCUGUACUUUCCACAGUCUACCCCAAAGGCUAUAGAGACGGCACUCUCGACGGAACGCCUAUUGGUUUACCCGACUAUAUAGCUGAUUGCGCUGCCUAUAAUAGCAACGAUGCCUUAACGAAUAUCCUUGGACGAGGAAAUCCUCUUUUACUUGCCCUGAACAUUGGCACGACGUUUAGGAAUGCACAGGCUGGGUCUAAGGUUUCCCUAUCAGUUGACUGGUGGCAGCACUCCCGUAUUCCGCCGAAGGGAGAAGAUCCUCUAGAUCGUGUGCCAGCUGGGCUUCCUCGUCUUUCACUCCUCGGACGCAUUGAAGAGAUUCCACUCUCAUCUUUAUCCAAAGGCGACAAGAAAGCAAUCGAGCAGUGCUUCCUCAAAAAUCAUCCAGACUCUAAGUAUUGGCUCCCAGGAUCACCGAAAUCUCCGCAUAGCGGAUACUGGGCACGGCUUGUUGUUGAAAAGGCAUUUUGGGUGGGGGGCUUUGGGGAUAGAGCAAGAAUAGGCUGGCUUGAUAUGCAUACUUGGAAGGCUGUUCCGGAGAAUAGCAAGGACGGGAAGAAAGGGUGGGCUGAUGUCAAACUACCAGGAGAGUGA